UCAAUAUCGUGUGCAUAUUUUGAGCGUUUUAGUUCUUUUCUGGAGUGGGUGGUGGUUCAGGAAUCAGGUUGUCACUCUGUCAUUCAUUAUUUGGAUGAUUUCCUGUGUUUGGGGCCGGGGGGAUCUAGGGUUUGUUCGUUGUUGUUAUCCACAUUACAGUCUGUUUUUGAGUGUUUUGGAGUCCCGUUAGCGGUGGACAAAACGGUGGGGCCGGCUACUGAGCUAAGCUUUUUGGGUAUUGUCAUAGAUACACAGCGGAUGGAGUGUAGGCUACCAGUAGACAAAGUGUCAGAUUUAAGAACAGAGGUGGCGGCGGCAUUGACAGCAAAAAAGAUUCGUCUGCGGGACCUGCAGUCUUUGUUGGGCAAAUUAAAUUUUGCAUGCAGAAUCCUACCUAUGGGCCGCAUUUUUAGUAGGAGGUUGGCUUCGGCGACAGGAGGGGUGGUGUCUCCCCACCAUUUUAUUAGACUAGGCAGUGAGUUGAAAGGGGAUUUGAAAGUUUGGGAUUCCUUUUUAAAACAGUUUAAUGGCAGAGCAUUAGUUAUGGGGGGGGUGGUUGAUGCGUUUGAUUUCGAAUUGUUUACGGAUGCUGCGGGUGGAGCGGGUUUUGGGGCGUACUGUGAAGGGCAGUGGUGUGCGGGUCGGUGGCCUGAGUCCUGGGUACGAAAAGGGUGGGUAAAAAACGUGGCAUUGUUGGAACUCUUCCCCAUUGUGUUGGCAGUCACGCUCUGGGGGGAGAAGUUUCGGCACAAGAAGGUUCGUUUCCAUUGUGACAACUUGGGAGUUGUGCAAGCCAUCAACAGUGUAACGGCUUCUUCCCCCCCAGUUAUUUGCCUAUUGCAGCAGUUGGUUCUCCGGUGCUUGUCCCUUAAUGCUUGGGUGUUUGCGGUGCAUGUGCCUGGUUCCUCUAACUGUAUAGCUGACGCACUUUCUCGUUUUCAGUGGGAGCGGUUUCGCCAGCUGGCCCCGGAGGCGAGUCAGGUCGGAUUGGUGUGUCCAGAGUCGUUGUGGGAGAUCCUGGAGGUGAUGCCCCGUUAUUAGUUUGGAUCCUGGGCCAUUCGUUCGUGUUCUGGGGGGCAUUACGAGCGGAUGUUCGGCAGAAUGGGCGGCAGCUGGGGUUUGAUCGGGGGACAGCCAUAGUAAGAUGGAUCGGACGCAGAGGUAUGGUGUGGGGUAGUGUUUUGCAGGAGGUUCAUCGGCAAGCCAGGUUAGAUAGAGUCCCAGAUAUCUUGGUGUUGCAUGUUGGGGGAAAUGACCUAGGGGUCCGACCUUGCAGAGAGUUGAUCAGGGAUAUACGUUUUGAUUUUUUGCGUUUGUGGUCCCUCUUCCCGUCAGUUGUCACUGUGUGGUCGGAUAUUGUCCCCAGGAAGGUCUGGAGGGAGGCGAGAUCGGUUGAAAGGCUGAAUAAGGCUAGGAUUAAGCUGAACAGGGUGAUUGGGCGGUUCUGUGCCAAACAUGGGGCGGUGGUGGUGAGGCACCCCGAGUUGGAAGCAGGAACAGGAGGCUUUUGGAGACAGGAUGGAGUCCACCUCAAUGCGGUGGGCAUUGAUUUGUGGUCACUGGACUUGCAGGGAGGUAUUGAAACAGCCCUCCGGGUGUGGCGGAACGCGCGAGCUUAAGGGCUGUCAAGCUGCGCGUUGUUGGCGGGGGGAGGUCAUAGAAGCUGGGGCUACUGGAUGGUAACGGUGAAUGAGAGGGCCUCAAUGGUGGGGCUGGACUCUCAGAGUUGGGGCACCUGGUUGGCUUGGUAU